GCUUCUGUUUCCCAUCUGCCGUCGUUUUGUCUCCUCUCUCUCUCUCUCUCUCUCUCUCUCUACAGAAAAAGUCUAAAAUGGGUACUGUUUUUUCUCCCAUUUCUCUGCCAAAUCUAUAGGUUUUCGGAUAAACGGAGAGCGACCCUAUCCAUCUUUUCCUCUCUGUUUUCCCUUUCUCUGCAGAGAUAUUUUCUCCCUCUUUGACUCUCUCUCUAAAUAUUGAGUUUUUGAAGACACAGACAAACCCAUUUCUCGGCUGAAGCUGAUUUCUUUUUUCUUUUCAAGGUUUUUCCCUCAUCUCGGAAAUGGAUGGUGAAACAUCAUGGGUCACUCACUGUUUCAACAACACAGGCGGAGACAUUGCAGAAUUCGAAGCGUUUUCAGAGAUCAGCGAUGAGGGCGAUAAAGACUCAUUGGUGUCUUUGGAUUUUAUCCUUCCUGAUGAUCUGCUAGAGAGAAUUCUGUCAUAUUUGCCGAUUGCAAGUGUGGUCCGUGCAGGGUCUGUUUGUAAGAGGUGGAACAAGGUCGUGAAUUCGAGGCGGUUCUUAUGGGAUUCUUCCAUCUUAUUGCAGAAACCAUGGUACUUCAUGUUUAUUAGCAGUGAUGAUCCAGGAGGGUAUGCAUACGAUCCGAUCCUUCGUAAAUGGUAUGGCUUUGAACUUCCAUGCAUCGUGACUUCUAAUUGGUUUAUCGCUUCUUCGUGCGGAUUAGUUUGCUUCAUGGAUAACUACAGUAGAAGCCAGCUCUUCAUUUGUAAUCCAAUCACGAGAGACUGGAAGAGGCUCGAAGAGCCCCCAGGGCUGAAAUUCUCUGAUUACAGCGCACUUGCAAUAUCAGUAGACCGGAAAUCCCGCGGUUAUACCAUUGCCAUCCUGAAAUCUAAGCAAGUGCCUGGUGAUUUCCUUCGGUGGGAUCUCUCGAUCCAUAUCUAUGACUCAGAAACGAAGUCAUGGGUGACUUCCGUGACAGAGGUGUUGAUGGGAUGGAGGGGAGGUGAUGAGAGUGUGAUCUGUGAUGGGGUUUUGUACUGCUUGAUUUACUCUACUGGGGUUCUGGGUGGUUCCGAAAAUCGCCAUGGCCUGAUCAUGUAUGAUCUGUCCACCAGAUCUUCCUGUGUUUCUUUGAUAGGGACUUCGAUCCCAGUGCCAUGCUCUCUCACGUGUGGCCGGCUGAUGAAUCUCAAUGAUAAGCUGGUGAUGGUUGGUGGGAUUGGAAAACCGGAUCGGCCUGACAUCAUCAAGGGAAUUGGCAUCUGGGUACUUAACAGGAAAGAGUGGCGAGAGGUUUCUAGAAUGCCCCACAAGUUCUUUCAAGGAUUUGGGGAGUUCGAUGAUGUCUUUGCGAGCAGCGGAACCGGCGGCCUCAUAUACAUUCAGAGCUACGGAGCACCGGCAUUGCUCGUUUUCGACAUGAACCAGAAGCAAUGGAAGUGGUCGCAGAAGUGCCCUGUGAUUAAAAGGUUCCCCCUUCAGCUCUUCACUGGCUUUUGCUUCGAACCUAGGCUUGAAGUCGCUCCUUAGUUCAAUUUCCCAGAUUUUCUAUUCGGCGAAG